AAGCAGUUGGCCAAAAGCUUCUAGACUAAUCCCUCAUGCAAAUGUGAAGUAUAAUCCAUAUAAGAUUUUUUCUUUUUUGUAAUCCAAAUGUACUGUCAGCGUUAGUAAAAAUGCAUCGAUCGCACAAAAGCAUAUCAUCAAAAUCUUUUAAUGUCAUGUCUUUGUUGACCACAUGUUCAUCACAGAGUCCUCACAUCAGCCGCUAUCCAGAAAGGAGUUUGGACAGCUUUCACGAAGGAAGUCAAACUGCGUGAAUGAGGAGGAAGAACCUCAAGAGAAAAGAGAAAGACGCCGGCUUCAGCAGCAGGAGCUCAGGAAGAAAAGAGCUCAGGAGGUGGACACCACCAUCCCCAACUAUGAGAUCAUGUACAUGAUCCAAGAUUUCCGAGCCAGUCUAGACUACCGGCCCCUGGCCAGAGCAGACCUGGUGAAAAUUCUUCUUCGCUCCUGAUCGGUAAGAAUUGACCUUCAUCCAAAGUUUAAUAAAUGUCCUUCUCAUUGCACUGUCCAGAUUGAAGAGCACAGAAUAUGCGUUUGUGUGAGGAAACGUCCACUCAACA